GAUUCCGGUGGAAGCCGGCGGAAGCCACCCACGGACGACUGGGCAUCCCACCAGCGGGAUGCCCCCGAGGAUGACGAACUUGAAAAAGUGGAGGACGAAGAAGGAGAACCAGAAGAAGAGCUUGAGGAAGGAGAAGUGGAGAUAGGAGAAGAAGGAGGAGGAGAGGGAGGAGAAGAGGGAGGAGGAGAGGGGACUCGGCACUCCGCCGUCCGGCGCAUCAGCGGCAGGGACUACCACAGCCAGUACGCCGUGAAGACGGACCUGGCCCCGGACCAGCACUGGGCCGCCACCCGCCUCGCUCAUUCCCCAAACAGACCCCUCUUCAGCUGGACUUUGACUCCCGGCGGAGGGCGAACGGGCGAGACGCGCCGGGGCUCCUCUCGAGACGGGGCAGCGGACUCCUCCCUCGGCGACCGCGAGGACUCACACCCCAAGAGGCGACAGGGUAAGACGAACAAGUCGAGGCGGAGCGGAAAAGGGCGGAAGCGGAAGCGGGAGUGGAAAGGCGGUUAG